AUGUUGGGAGCUCUUCGAGCCAGAGUAAAAGCUCGAAAACAGAACACUUACCAAAUAUGUCCUCCACCUGUCUUCACCUUCGCUAAAAACCGUAAAGUUGUUGCAGAACAACUUGAGGAAAGUUUGAACACUUAUCUUGGACAAGUUGAAAUCGACGAAAAAGGGACUAUUUCCCCACCAUUCACAGAUUUUCUAAAUUCACUGAGGGACACCCUUUGUGUGAAACAGCAGAAAAUGUUUCCACGUCAUAAACUUAUUGUGCAUGGUAUCAUUGGUACGACUGGCGACAACGAGCCUACCAUUUCGUUUGCUACGCACACAUUCAUGUCUCUUGAAUGUGGAGAUGAUGUUGUCGGACUGAGCGUGAAGAAUCCUGUCUGUUACAUCGCAGUAAUGGUAGCCGGCUUUGCACUUGAC